AGUAAUCGGUGUGGCACCAACAAGUCAGUCGUCCGGUCACAAAUCCACAUACAAAAGGGAUCGUCAGCAUAGUAGUAGGAGCAGCUUGGGUAUGGCCGACUCCCCCGAAUUAGCUCGUGCUCGUGACGUCCUGCGCGUGAGCGCCGACGACCGCGCGCGGGUGGACGCGCUCUCCUCCGCCGCGUCCGCAUACGUAUCGGCGGCUUCUCCUCAUCUGUCGCCGAGCUUCUUCGAGGGGUUCGCGCUGCGCAGGAUCCGCGUCCUCAGCGUUCACCCGGGAUUCAUCCACUGCUCGUACGACGUCCCUCCAAGCCUCACCGACUCCAGCACCGGCUGCCUCGCCGCCGGUGUAGUGGCGGCCCUGGUGGACGAGAUCGGCUACGCCGCGGCCAUCUCCGACGCCCAAAACUUCAAGAUCUCCGUGGACAUGUCCGUCGCCUUCCCCGAUCUCUCCCAGGCCCGCGCAGGGGACCGCCUGAGCAUAACGGCGAGGGUGCUCGGACACAAGGGUGCCUACUCCGGCACGCACGUGCGCCUCACCAACGCCAGCACCGGCAAUGUCGUCGCUGAGGGCAGGCACUCCGUCUUCGGUAACCUGAAGAAAGCACCACUCAAGCCAGCAGCCACUACUGGUCUGAAAAGCAACUUGUGAUUCUGCCUCUGCCUACUCCUACUCCACUAGCCUAUUAUGCAUCUUCUUUCCUAAAUAUAAAUGGCCUCUCCUGUAUCUUUCUUGACAAGAAUAAAAUGAAAUACACUACUAAAAAGGAAUAAAAGGAUGCGUGUUCGUGUA